CUCGAUCUCUGUUCAUUGUUCAGUUAUCAAGAUCUCUAUCAGGCAUGGCUCGCAUUGCAAUUGACAUCAUCUCCGACACCAUCUGUCCCUGGUGCUUCAUCGGGAAAAGGCGCCUCGAGCGGGCUAUUGCCACUUUCCAAGCUUCAUCAAAGACUCAACACACCUUCGACAUCAAGUGGCAUCCCUUCUACCUCGGCCCACCGACAGGGCCAGUACAGAGCAAGCUGCAGCGCUACGAGGAGAAGUUUGGUGCUGCAAAAGUCGCGCAGAUUAUUCCAUACAUGAAGCAAGUUGGUGAACAGGAAGGUAUCCACUUCAGCUAUGAUGGACCCAUUGGUCCGACCUACCUCUCACACAGGAUGCUGCAGUAUGUGCAGGACCAUGAGCCUGCCAAGACCGAUGCUGUUGUCAUGGCCAUUUUCAAAGCCUAUUUCGAAGAGUGUGGCAAUAUCUUUGAGAUGCUGCCUUUGCUGGAGAUUGUGAGUAAAGCAGAGACUGGCAUUGAUAUGGCUGCUGCAAAGGCAUUCAUCUCUGACCCUGCAGGCCGCGGCAUCAUCGACAAGCAGGUGAUGGAUGGCCAGAAGCAGGGCGUGAACGGCGUGCCUGAUUUCACCAUUGCCGGGCGCUACCACCUGAACGGUGCCCAGGAGCCUGAGGCUUUCCUACGUAUCUUUGAGCAGCUGGCGAGCAGGGAGACGUAGCCAGGUCAUCUGUAUACUACUGUACUGUGAAUCUGCCAUCUGA